AUGAGCUACACACUCUACGACGCCGCCAUCCUCCACACCAAGGAAGCCCUCAACUCCUUGUCCUCGAUCCUCAAAAAGGCCGAAACCCACGCCAACGCAUCCUCAUUCCCCACCGCCAAACUGGCCCCUGACAUGCUGGACCUCAGCUUCCAGGUCUUCUUCACCACCGACACAGCGCAGAAGAUUGUCGCGCGCACAACCGGCAGCGAGCCUCUUACUCUUUCUCGCGACGAGUGCACUACAUUUGAGCAGUUCCAAGCUCGUAUCGCGCAGGUUCUCGAGGUCGUUGAGAAGGCUGAUCGGGAGCUUGUUGAGAAGCGUGGUGCUGAGGUUGUGACUAUUGGGCUUGGACCCGGGAAGAGUGCGGAUAUGAAGGUUAGGGAUUAUGUGCAGGGAUAUGGAAUUCCUAAUGUCUUCUUCCAUUUGACGACUGCGUAUGCGAUUUUGAGAAAGGAGGGUGUUGAGUUGGGGAAGCAGGACUAUAUCGGUUCUUUCAUGAACCAGUACUUCUAA